AUGGGAAAGAAAGAUAAAAAGAGUAAAGAAAAAAAGGAAAAACUAAAAUUGAAAAAAGAGAAACAGAAGCUAAAGUCAUUGAAGUCGAAGAAGAAAAAAAACAUUAACACAUUAAGUGAUGAAGAUUUUGAUACUAUUUGUAUGUAUUAUGAAAAUUUAAAUAAAAAAGAUAAAUAUGCUCAUAUAAAUAUAAACAAUAAUUCAAACAAUACAUUUGUGGAAUGCGAAAAGCCUAGUCCUAGAAGUAAUUGUUCAGUAACAUUUAUUAAUGAAGAAGAGUUCCUUUUAUUUGGUGGAGAAUAUAAUGACAACAACGAAUUAAUAGCAUAUAAUGAUUUAUUUAAAUAUAAUAUAAUAAAAGAUAAAUGGAAGUAUUAUUUUACAACUAGUAAAAAGCCCAAGCCAAGAUGUUCUCAUCAAGCUGUUUAUUUCAAUAAAAAAUUGUAUAUCUUUGGUGGGGAAUUAUGUACGAAUACUCAGUUUUUUCAUUACAAUGAUUUUUGGUAUUUCGAUCUUAAAAAUAAUACCUUUGAAGAAAUAGAAACGAAAAACAAAAAAGAGGAAAGACCAUCCCCCAGAAGUGGUCAUCGAAUGAUUUUAUGGAAAAAUUGUAUAAUUAUGUUUGGAGGUUUUUUUGAUAAUAACAAGUCUGUAGAAUAUUUUAAUGAUCUAUAUAUGUAUAUAAUAAAUAGUAAUAAAUGGGAAAACUUAACAAAUGUAUACAUAAAUAGUUUAUUUAAAAGGUUAACGGAAAAUAGUAGCAAUGUAUGUAAUCUUAAUCAUAACCACAAUACAAAUAACGGUAGUAUUAAUAACAAUUUGUCGUCGACAAAAAAUGAAAAAAAAAAUAGCGAUAAAAAUUUCCAAAUGAUGAAAAGUAAAUUUUUUAAAAAUUUUGAUUUAGAUUCAUAUAUGCCAUCAAAAAGAUCUAGUACAAGUUUAUUCACAGAUAUAAAAUUUCAAAAAAUAUAUAUAUAUGGUGGUUAUGCUCAGGUGAAAAGCACUUCAAGAAAUGCCAUUGGUGUUUACUAUAAUGAUAUGUGGAUUCUGAAUAUAAACUUUUUGAAUGAAGAUAACAUUUCAGUAAAUUAUAAAAAAUUAAAAAAGAGUAUUUUUCAACCAUCUAAAAGAAUCGGUUUUAGUACAUGUAUCUACAAAAAUUCCUUAAUUUUGUUCGGGGGCGUUUAUGAUACAGUGGAGGAAAACAAUUCUGGAAAGGGAAGAGUCUGCAACAUCAAUGAUAGUAGCAAUAAAAAUAAUAGUAAUAAAAAUAGUAGUAGUAAAAGUAUUACUAAUAGUAGCUUAUUGGAGGAGCCACUAAACAUGCAGUCCAUCUUUUUUAACGAUUUAUAUUUAUUUGACAUGAACAAAGAACACUGGUCUUAUUUGAAUUUGAAAAGUAAAGACAAAAAAGGUUUAAAUAGAAAUUGUAUGGAAAAUAUAAAAAAGGAAACAGAAGAAAACAGUUUAGGGGAUAUUACCAACAACAGUAGUAGCAAUAAACAUAUUCUAAUAGGAGGAGAAGAGGGAAACUCUAAUCAACAUAAAAAAGGGAAGUUUGAAUCGAAAGACCUUUCAGAUGGUUAUUUCAGCCAUUUGGAUGAUUACAAUGAAAGUGAUGAUGAAUAUUAUUCUAACGUGUUUGUGUAUUUUGACGAAAAUGGAAAUAAGAAGACAAUAAGAAUAGAGAAAGAAGAAAUGGAGGGACAAAUAGAGAGAGAAGGAAGGAAGGUAAAAGAUAACAAAAAAGAAAAUGAAAAUUUUAAUGAGGACAAAGAACACAUAGAAUGUAUGCAAAACUUAACCCUAAAAACAUCGGUAGUUACGAAAGAGAGGUAUACCGUAAUAGACAAAAUGAUAGAUACUCAUUCCGUUUUUGUACAGUUUGAUGAUCAAAAAUCCUCGACAGAAAAUAACAAUAUUGAAGAUUUAAAUGAAAAUACAAGUGAUUUCAACCGUUCGAAUUGCAAAGAUGAUACAAAAAAUUUAAAGGAGGUACUGCAAGUGCACAAUGUUAAUAGUGAUAAAAAUAUAAAUAAUCGAGAUGUGGAAAAAGAUAAGGAUGAACGGAUAAAUAAUUUAAGUAUUACAGAUUUAGACAGUGAUAAAGAAGAUAAAAAAAUGAAGUUCAUAAUAAAUGAUAUUGAGCCAAUAGGAAGAAUGAAUAGUCAUAUAUUUGUGAUAAAUAAAAACUUGUAUUUAUUUGGUGGCAUGUAUGAAUAUAAGAAUAACGAAAUUAUUCUAAGUGAUUACUGGAAAAUUAAUAUUUUUAAAAGAGAAAAAUGGGAAUUAGUACAUAAAGGUAAUUUAGAUGAUAUAUAUGUGGAUGCAUCAGAUACAAGUUCUUCAUUGUCUAUAGAUGAUGAAAAUAAAGAUGACAAAGAGAUAGAGGAUUUAAUAAUUUGUAAUAAAAUUAAAAAAAUAGAAAAUAAAAUUAAGGCGGAAAGUGGUGGUUUGAAUUUUGAUGUCAAUGAGAAUUUAAAUGAAUUUUUUUUAAGAACAAAACAAUUUUGGUUAAAUGAACUAAAUAUUUUUAACGAAAAUAAGCAAAAUAGAAAAGACGCUUUUAUUCUGUGUGAGCAAAAAUACAUAGAGCUCAAAAAAUAUUAUAAUAAAAUUCAGAAAUACAAGGAAUUGCUGUUAGAAGAACAUUACGAAGGAAGCAUAACGGAAGAUGAUUCCACUGCACAAGAAGAGUCCUCUAAUUUAUUAGUUGAUUAG